AUGAAUGAACGGCGUCACGAGAGCCAUGUCGAAUCCGUUGAUGUCCCGCUCCCUCGUCGACCUCGCUCCGCGCUCUGCGGGGCGGCACUAAAAAUGGACGGGCGUGUUGACUUUUCAUCUCGAAAAACGUCGAUUCAUCUUCUUGGCUUCGGAGACUCCGAAGGUUGGUUAUCGUCACACCGAGGCGCUGUUUCGGACAUGGACGCGACGCUCGAAGACGUGCAGCGAUGGAAAAUGAUGAACGGACGACCGACCGGCGUGGAAGUCAUCGACUUGCACGUCGCAAAGGUGAGAGACGUCGUCGAGCGCUUGCGCCAGACGGGUGCCCGUGAACGCGAGGGCGUGUGCGACCCGAUGCGGGACUGCUUGGUGCACGAAUCGAUGCCGACAACGGAUGAAAGGCUAAUCGGAAUUCGAUCAUUGUUUGAACUUUUUAGCCGCGAGUUGUCCGAUGCGCUCGCGGGACCGGCCGAGCCCGGGAUGGACGAUUCCGCGGCAGGCAUCGCGCACGACGAAUUGGACGCGGCGGAGACUGUCGGUUUGGUACGGAGCGAACACGGCCUCGGACACGAUGACGAUCGGCUCACGGACCUUAAUGUUGAUGGAUCGCCGCAGAACGUUCUCGAGACGGUUUUCGAGCUCCCAGCGACGCGUCUAGAUGAGUUUGCGUCUCCGCUCACGAAAUGCGACUCGCGCGAAAAAUGGCGAGACGCUAUCAAACUCCUCGACGAGCGGGAUAGUCACGCUCUGUUCUUCUCGAUCGAAGAAAACGACCAGUGUAUCGAGUGCGUCGUCACCGCCGAGGAUAUCAUACACUUUCUCGGAGUCGAACAAACGCUGCAUCGCGCAGUUGGCGCGUGCUUCGAUGAAUCGAUUCUGUUUGAUUCCGUAAAAGACACGUUCAUCGUCGUUCAUCAAGAACACAAUUUCAACAUAACGGCCGCCGAUUGCUUUUUAUGGCUUCGAAAAGAAACUGCAAACGCGGUGGUUUACGUGGAGUCGAGCUUUUGGGGGCGAGUUCCAGGUGAGCAGGACGUUCACGGACAUUUGCUCUGCGAGCUCUCAAUCCGAGACGUCUUAGACCUGAAUCCGGAUAAUUUCGUGGACAUUUUCAACGUCGAUCCGGUGGCCUACGUGAGUUCAAAGCCCAGACUUCACGGCGUCUGUCGAGCAGUCUUCGUCGAGGGCGUGUCUGGUUCGACCACUGAUUCGGCGCGGCGGGCGAUUGAAAAGUUUGCGGCCAAGCGACCUCGUCGGUUACCUCGACGAUUCUACGUCAUUCAUGACGAACACGUCCGCGCGUGCACGCCACUGAGCAUUCUUCGAACGAUCCUUUGCGAUGCGAGUGAUCGUCAGCGAGCGUGA